AUGAUGUUUCGUUAUCCAAACCCCCCUAGACAAAAUUUCACACUGACAUUCAUCAACAACAAGAAAAGUGUCCGGCGACUUAGCGCUGAGAACGCAGCAAAGCAUCGCCAGGCAAUCUUCACGGAAAACGAGCGUCUACAAAUGAGUGACUCUGUGAGUAACUCGGUGCCUUGGAGGGAUACCCAGCAAGCUUUACUCGAUUUAAAACGAGUUGAAUCUAGUCCCAACUCCACCGAGCCUUUCUCAAUCUUUCAUGGGCCAUUUGGGGUUUCUAGAUUUUCAAAGUCUUCUGAGCUUGGGGAACAGCCCUUAGAACCAGAAGUGCCUUCACUAUCCGCUCUUGAUUGGAUAGACGACCUCACUCACGUCACACGAGAGGAGGGUUUAGAUGAUUUAGAUGAUGGGUUGUUCUCUAGUCUCCUCUCUGAUUCAGAAAAUAAUCUGAACGACCAUCCUGGGUUCUGGGACUUGGUAGAUCCAGGCUUUCAGGGCAUGGAAACAAGCCCAUUCAUGAGAAAUCAGAUUUCACCUUCACUAUCAUUGUUCACCACCGAUAUUGAAGCUUGGACGAUUCUUUCCCACUACAAAGACAGGAUAGUACCUCUGGUCUGUCCUUUUGGCCAUGGCCAAGAAGCACCAUGGCUGAAUCUGGUGAUGCCUUGCGCGGUGGCUACACUAGGAGAGCUUACAAUCAACAGCAGUACAAAUAACGCCCGGCUUGCGCUUCUAAAUGCACUUUUAAGUACCAGCGCCUUUCACCUGGGACAAAGUUCCGCCGUGUGCAUUCAGCAUUGGAUCACCAGCGGUAAUCUAUAUUUGACGCGUGCGCAAUAUCAUUUCGCGAAGUGCAUGGAAGAGAACUGCACGUCAGCGACAAAGCUCAGCAAGUACAAGGAUAUUUUGAUGGCUAUCUUGAGUCUUUCGGCUGUUUAUAUGAUCAAGGGCGACCCCGAGAAGCAUCUGUCCUGUCUCGUUCAAGCUGAAAAGAUCAUUUCUAUCAAAGGAUUCAAACAAUUUAUAGUAUCGCCCAAAAGAAGAGCGCUGCAUCAUUGCUACGCUUAUAUGCGAAUCUUAGCAGAGACUACAUGCCUCGCCGAUGGUCUGAGCACAGGUUUUGGGGACACAACAAUCUUCAGUGAGGAUGCAGAUAACUUAGAAUUCCGAAUCCACCCUGAUAUUGCAUUUUCCGACAACAUUAUGGCCAUGGAGAAGGACCCGAAUAUCGCACAGCGUGAUCUACACUUGGCAAUUCCUGGCCGAUGGAGUCUGACGCUCUUCCCGAAAAUGUACGGAGUUGCUGAGAGUUUUCUCAUGCUUCUAUCACAGGUGAUCCGCCUUGCAAAUGAGCGCGACCUCUCUUUACUUGAAAAUGAGGCUGGAGGAAUGCUUAAUUUGAAGGACUUUUGGCUUCGAGCAAAAGCACUAGAGAAAGCAAUUCACGUUCUUCUAUCAUCUUUCACGAUGGGAAUUGUUCGCGACGACGAUGCGAGCCAGAUCGAGGUCAAUAAUCCGAGAGCGCAAACUUUCGAGAAGUUGAUGCCGUGA